AUGAUGCUCGGUGCCGUGGACAUCGAGGGUAGCCACCUGGUCAACUUCGCCGUGUCCACGGCGGCCGAGAUACCCGGUGCAUUCGUCGGUCUGGUCAUGGUAUACUAUUGUCGUCGUAAGCCGUCUCAGGCGGCCACUCUCAUAUUGGUGGGGAUCGCAGCAGCCGCGGUGGAGUUGACGCCCCCAGGUUGGCCUUACGUAGGCCUAUCGAUGUCCAUGGCGGGUCGUUUCGUACUCCCCCUCUCGACAUCGGUCAAGUGGGUCUGGACCAUGGAGUUGUUCCCUACAGCGGCGCGCGGGUUCGGCUUCGCCGCGUGCUUCACGGUCGGUCGCGUUGGGGGGAUCAUGGCUCCCUUCAUGAGCCUUCUUAAGAAGCAGGCUUCCGUGUAUGUGGCUGCUGCUCUACUAGCAACGGCAGCAGUCAUUGGAGCAGCAGCGGCCAUGUUUCUGCCAGAAACUCGAGGCAUCGAACUUCCGGACACAUUCGACGAGGCCGAAGAGGUCGCCAAAAAGCUCACGAGGUGA